CCCGACUGCUCGAAGGCGUCUGCAUGGUCCUAAAGCCUCCUUUAGUAUCACAUUCCAAUGAUAAAACUGGGGGAGGGACAACAAUGCCAUUUCAGAAUGUGGGGUGGGGGGGUCAUCUCCCCAGUGAAAGUUACGCCCCUGCCUAUACAUAUAUAUCCCUCGACAGAAACGGAAAGUCAUCUCUCUCUCUGCUUCUUGAUUCUAUCAGGUGACUCUGCGGGACAAGAAGUGAUGGACUUCCGGUGGGGGAGGAGCCGGGGCGAGGAGGGCAUCGCCGUGGUGAUAAACUUCCUGCUGGCUAAUGCCCGAUUGGUCCUGGGAGUGGGAGGGGCCGCGGUGCUGGGCAUCGCUACGUUGGCUGUCAAGAGGUUGAUAGAACGUGCGGGCCGAGCGGCGGAGGACGAGAAAGUGGAACAGAAGAUGUCAGAGAGCUGGGAGGAGCUUGGCUUAGUCUCCGCCUCCCCCAAGUCCAUAAGGAAGGGGCUGGAGAAUGUGGUCAUGAAACAUGUCGCCAAGGCAACCAAACCACAGAAAGCUGACCUGUGCCAGCCCCAGCAGCAGAAGUCUAGUCUGAAUGAGAGGCCUGUCAAGGCAUUAGAGCCCCAGAGACCCAAGAGCCUACAGCUGUCUCUCACCCUGCAGGACCGUCUCCAGCAGUAUUACUCAACCAGAGCAGCUUUAGCCCCAGAGGUCGUCCACAGAGCUCAGAGUCUCGCGUUAGAUAUCUGUAUAGAGGUACAAGGAUUCCUGCACAGCACAAACCCUGACAUGCCUCUGGGAGAGAUGUCACUGGGAGGGUCCCUGCUCGACGACCUACAGGUGGUGAGAGCGGACCAUGCGUGCCUGCUGGUUCCCCUCCAGCUAGAACCCAGUCUGUGGAGACUGAUCCCUGGGGAGGAGACUCUCCUAACACACCCUCUACACUGGAUGGUCCGACGGGUCAACCUGGAGUACUUCCCGAGAGGACGCAGCUACUGGGACCGGUUCCUAGUAGGAGGGUAUCUGUCCUGCCGGGCGCUGGUGAGAAUGCUCAGUAAGGCUGUGAUGGAAACCAUGAACUGGCCGUCUCUCUCCUCCACUCUGGACUGUCUGGUCAGGCCUGUCCUCGGGGGAGAUGAACUGAAACUAGAGAUACGACCAGAGCGAGGUGAUACUCUCUUCAUCUCCAUAGUGCCGGUGCUGAGGGAGGCAGACGUGGUCCUGACUGCCCAGGUAGAGUUAACCCAGCCCUGGGAUAGUGCCUGGCACCUCUCCCUCUACCCCUGGGAGACCCAGCGCCUGACCCAGCUUGACUCCGCUGACCAGGGGGUCCGACGCUCCCUCCUCAAAACCCUCAAAGCCGUCUGUCGACACUGUCCCGCCCUGCGACCCCUCACCGCCGCACCGCUGGCCAACCUCAUCCUCCACCUCAGCGACAAGGACGUGGAUUGGUCGGAGGGUUGUCUGAGUGGGCGGUUCCAGCAGUGUGUGUGGGAGCUGAUAGGCUAUCUGGAGCAGGGGGUGUUACCUAGCUACUUCAAGCCCAGUGUUAAUAUGUUGAACGGAGUGACGGAGGAAGAGGUCGAUGAGAUGGGGUUUAUGUUGUACUGCGCUGUCUCUGAACCAGACAUUCUGCUGAUAUAGAUAUAUAUAUAUAUAUACUCUAACCUGGUGUAUAUCUCAGAGAGGAAGAGGACAUGUAUUAGAUAUGAGACACCACCCUGACGUCUAUAGAUCAUAUAGAUAUAUAUAUAUAUAUACUCUAACCUGGUGUAUAUCUCAGAGAGGAAGAGGACAUGUAUUAGAUAUGAGACACCACCCUGACGUCUAUAGAUCAUAUAGAUAUAUAUAUAUAUAUAUACUCUAACCUGGUGUAUAUAUCAGAGAGGAAGAGGACAUGUAUUAGAUAUGAGACACCACCCUGACGUCUAUAGAUCAUAUAGAUAUAUAUAUAUAUAUACUCUAACCUGGUGUAUAUAUCAGAGAGGAAGAGGACAUGUAUUAGGUAUGAGACACCACCCUGACGUCUAUAGAUCAUAUAGAUAUAUAUAUAUAUAUACUCUAACCUGGUGUAUAUCUCAGAGAGGAAGAGGACAUGUAUUAGAUAUGAGACACCACCCUGACGUCUAUAGAUCAUAUAGAUAUAUAUAUAUAUAUAUACUCUAACCUGGUGUAUAUAUCAGAGAGGAAGAGGACAUGUAUUAGAUAUGAGACACCACCCUGACGUCUAUAGAUCAUAUAGAUAUAUAUAUAUAUAUACUCUAACCUGGUGUAUAUAUCAGAGAGGAAGAGGACAUGUAUUAGAUAUGAGACACCACGUCUAUAGAUCAUAUAGAUAUAUAUAUAUAUACUCUAACCUGGUGUAUAUAUCAGAGAGGAAGAGGACAUGUAUUAGAUAUGAGACACCACGUCUAUAGAUCAUAUAGAUAUAUAUAUAUAUACUCUAACCUGGUGUAUAUAUCAGAGAGGAAGAGGACAUGUAUUAGGUAUGAGACACCACGUCUAUAGAUCAUAUAGAUAUAUAUAUAUAUACUCUAACCUGGUGUAUAUAUCAGAGAGGAAGAGGACAUGUAUUAGAUAUGAGACACCACGUCUAUAGAUCAGUUGUGCCAUAUUACCGCUCCACUGAGACGUGGAUGGGACAUUGUUGUUCAGGCAGUCUUGCAUCUCCUUCACAUACACCUGUGGGGGCUGACUGACUAAACAGAGAUCCUUUAUACAUUGUGCAUGAGUACUAUGGUGUGGAUGAGUUGUUGGGGCUCUGACUGAGCAGCACAGAGACUCUGAUGACGUGAUGAUGAUGGACUGUGCCUUAGGGGAAGUAGAUGGGGGAAGGAAGAAAUGAAAAAGAAGACUCGGGCUGCGUUCUACACAGACACCCCAUUCUGAUCAUUUUGGGGGCAGAAUCAGGUUACCUGUGUUAAACGCAGCCUUAGUGACGGAGACGUGGCUUUCUCCUGCUGUGGACUAUAUAUCUAGAUCUAGUACAGCUCUGUCCAAAAGGCUGUUUCAGAAUGGCCUGCGCCAUUGAGGCUCCAACCCAUAGGAAUAUAUCUAGAUCUAGUACAGCUCUGUCCAAAAGGCUGUUUCAGAAUGGCCUGCGCCAUUGAGGCUACAACCCAUAGGAAUCCCCCACCCUAGUUGACUACUUUAAAAUGGUGGAAGCUCUCAAUGAGCGCUACCCAUUCUAAAACUGCAUUUUUUUUGGGGGGGGGGGGGUCAUUGAAAGGCCUGGAUCAUUCUCUAUGGGCCGACUGGACGACACAAGAUUACAGAGUUAGCACCAGUUACCACAGCCACAAAGUGAUAAUUAUGUCUAAAAUCCCUCCGCCAAUUUCUCUUCUUAAAAUCAGAUUUUUUAAACCUGUUUAAUGACGUCAUUAUAUGCACCUUCUACUGAAUAAAGUGCUCACCUUUUCUUUUCAUAAUGUUGUGUGUGUUUUGCGUUUGCUGCGGUUGUUUUUAAGUUGAAGAGUGAUUUAAAUAAAUGUUUCCUGCUGAACUACUGA